AUGCCGACCGCAAUCGCUGCUAUAACCCCAGUCGACAUGCCUGGUGAUGGAUCUGUGAAGAGUGGAGGUAAAUCAGGGGCCAGUGGAACAGGAUGGAGUCGAGUGAAAGGGGAUGCCAUGCCAUGCAGAAGCGAUGUGUUGGGUCACAUACCUGCAGAGGACGGCUGGCCUGCCGAAGCUGAUUCCGAGGAGGUGCCUGGCUUUGAACUUGGUGCUGAUGAUGGUGGUGGUGCUGAUGAUGGUGGUGGUGCUGGUGGUGGUGCUGAUGAUGGUGGUGGUGCUGAUGGCGGUGCUGAUGGUGGUGGUGCUGAUGAUGGUGGUGGUGCUGGUGGUGGUGCUGAUGAUGGUGGUGGUGCUGAUGGCGGUGCUGAUGAUGGUGGUGGUGCUGAUGAUGGUGGUGGUGCUGAUGGCGGUGCUGAUGGUGGUGGUGCUGAUGAUGGUGGUGGUGCUGAUGGUGGUGCUGAUGGUGGUGCUGAUGGUGGUGGUGCUGAUGGUGGUGCUGAUGAUGGUGGUGGUGCUGAUGGCGGUGCUGAUGGUGGUGGUGCUGAUGAUGGUGGUGGUGCUGGUGGUGGUGCUGAUGAUGGUGGUGGUGCUGAUGGCGGUGCUGAUGAUGGUGGUGGUGCUGAUGAUGGUGGUGGUGCUGAUGGUGGUGCUGAUGGUGGUGCCGUUGGUGGUGCCGAUGGUGGUGCUGAUGGUGGUGCCGAUGGUGGUGGUGGUGGUGGUGGUGGCGAUGGUGAAUGCGAUGGUGGUCGUGAUGGUGGUCGUGGUGGUGGUCGUGAUGGUGGUCGUGAUGGUGGUCGUGAUGGCGGUCGUGAUGGUGAUCGUGAUGGUGGUCGUGGUGGUGGAGGGGACGGGGUGGAGGGUGGUGAUGACCCGCCAGCAGACGAAUUACCUGCACAAUGGAAACCCAAGGAAGAGACAAUGACACGAGAACAAGGGGGAAUUGGAUUUGACUGGCUAAUGGCAAAGGGAAGAAAGCACCAGACUUCAAGCUUCAUACUCUCCUGA